GGGUUGCCGAUAUAAGUAUGUGUCGAGGGGAUCCUUCAACUCUCACCUAGUGUUUAGUUCUCUCUUAUUGGCAAAGGCUAGCUCUCUCAACUGAGAGCUGCCAUUUGCCACCUAACAUAUAGUAUUCAUAUCUAGAGAGAGAAAUUAAGGGGAUCGAGUAAACAUGGCUGGCCCCAAGCAAGUGUUGAAUAUCGUGAAGCCAUACUUGGCUAUGAUCUUCUUGCAAUUUGGUUAUGCUGGUAUGUACGUCAUAUCGGUGGCGUCCCUCAAGCAAGGGAUGAACCAUUACGUGCUCGUUGUGUAUCGUAACAUUGUGGCCGCAGCUGUCAUGGCGCCAUUCGCGUUGUGGUUUGAGAGCAAGAAAGUGAGACCUAAGAUGACUCUCCGAAUUUUCCUCAAAAUAAUGGCGCUUGCUCUACUUGAGCCGGUGCUUGAUCAAAACUUGUACUACAUGGGAGCCAAAGCAACAUCGGCAAGCUUUGCAGCAGCACUUUACAAUAUACUCCCCGCAAUCACCUUCAUAUUAGCCGUUGUACUCAGGAUGGAGAAAAUCAAGAUCAAGAGUCUUCGCUCCCAAGCAAAGGUCGUGGGAACCUUUGUGACUGUGGCCGGUGCGUUGCUUAUGAUAUUGUACAAAGGUCCGGUGGUUGAGUUUGUGUGGACCAAGGGCAGGCCCCAUCACAACGAAAAUGGUGGGAGUCCAGACGAGAGUAGUCAUUGGCUCAUGGGGACCAUCUUGCUUCUCAUUAGUUGCUUGUGUUGGGCUUGUUUCUUCAUAUUACAAGCGAAUACACUGAGAUCAUACCCCGCGGAGUUGUCCUUAACAACCUUGAUAUGCUCCAUGGGCGCCGUGGAGAGCAGUGCAAUUGCGCUUGUCAUGGAACGUAGUAUGCAACCGUGGAUUAUUGGAUGGGAUGCAAGACUUUUCACUGCUGUUUAUUCGGGAGUUGUGUGCUCGGGGAUAGCUUACUAUGUACAAGGCAUUGUCAUGAAGGAGAGAGGUCCAGUCUUCGUCACAGCGUUCAAUCCUAUGUGCAUGAUCAUUGUGGCUGUCAUGGGCUCAAUUAUUCUAGCCGAGGAUAUCACACUGGGAACGGUAAUCGGUGCGGCGAUCAUAGUUAUCGGACUUUAUUCAUUGAUAUGGGGUAAGAGCAGGGAUCACCUGAACCAGUCGGAGGAGAACGAUGAGAAGAAUUCGGGGAUGAAGCUUCCUAUUGCCGCCACCGCCGCCGCCGCCGGUGUGGAGAUACCGGUGGUGAUCACAAAUUAGGAACUGAUACCAUGUUUUGGUUGCAUGGAAAGCAAGAGAGUGUGGGAGUAUUGAUGAGCACAUAGGAUAUAUAGAAGCUCUUGUUUUCUUAGUGUGUAUCCAUUAUCUUUUAAGACUAAGCUCAAUUUGUUUUCUCUUC